UAGCCGGCGACUGAAAUGUGAGGGGUCACAAUGGGAGGAUAAAAAGUGUCCCAUUCGGGCCAGGAGGUUGUCGAGAACUUUAAUCGAAUCUUCUCCCCUCUUCUCCCAGCUCUCCUCCAACCCUCCAAGGUAAAUUAAUCAAAUCAUAUCUUAAUAAGAGGGAAAUUAAUUAUUUAUUUUCCAACACUUAUAUCGAGCUAAUAUAUUUAUCAUAUCUUAAUUUAAAAAAAAUCUGUAUUUAUUUUUUUUAAUCUAGGAUAGCAAAUGUUAGUAAGGCUCUGGUUGCUUGUACUUUAUAUAUUUGUAUAUUGCUCAUGUAGUAUGUGUGUGAUAUAGAAUUGAAAGAGCACUGCAAACAUUGUAUGCUGGCAUUACAAAACUUCUAUGAGACUGCAAGAGCAAAUGCAUGAGUACAAUUUUCAGAAGCAAUGUUGUUAUUAUACGAUCAAUGGUGCAUCAAUGCUAAUCAAAAUGUUAUGCAUGCAUUAGAUACAUCUCUAUGCUAAAAACAUUAAUACAAGAUUAAUCUCUUAAAUGCUCACUCAAGCUAGCAUACCACAAUGUUGCUUUGCUACAUUAGGUAUCAUUGUUUCUUUGCUUUACGCUAGCCUCCUUAGACCAAAAAGUGGAAAUAACUCACUUAUUGCUUUUACUCAUGCUGCACACUUUUAACUUGGCCUAUACUGUACUUAACUGUACUAUACUACAGCUACUGCACAUAAUGUUCUCAACAGAGGCAUACCACCACACUGAGUUAACGACUGAAAGAGGCUGCACACAUGCACACACAGUACCCUUCUACAUAACCACUCUGAGAGAAACACAAGGUGCUUUAGUAACAGCUGCCAUGUUCCGAUGUUUAUAUUUAGUUUGACCUAUUGGAUUGAGUGGUACUGUGACAAGACGGGGUUGGAUAAAGGAGGUGUAGUGUGAGUAGUGGAGGGGAGAGGAGGGGGGAGCAGCCAACAGAAAGGUCAGGGUUAAGAGAGACUAGAAAAUGGAAACGGUCAUUCACAUGCCUAUCAUGGCUGUGGGGGUGGCUGCUGCAACAGAUUCCAGAGCUUAACAUGCAGUAGGCAGGCAUGCAGCUUAUAGACAGAAAGACAGACAACAACAGUCACACAGCAAUCUCAAAUGGACAGACAGACAGACAACCAUAGCUACACAGCACCCUCAAACAGACCUACAGUAAGAAAACAACAGUCAUAUAGCUCUCUCAAACUGACAGACAGAGAAACAGAAACAGAUUAUGGGGCAUGUUAAGCCUAUAUAUUACAAGAGAGGAAGACAGACAAAAAGAGUAACAUUCGAAUGACACACAGACAAUCACCCAUAUAGACAGACGCAAAUACUUGCCACUUCCUGCAUCCAUAGCUUACUUCCCUUUUCUUUGAACCUUUUCACAUACUGUAAUUUUACGGUGAAAGUAGUCUACACUCUUUUCACGUCACUGACUGCUUUUCAUGAAAUAUACCUUUGUUUAAGUCUACCUUUGUUUAUUUGCUACUUAUCUAUUUCUGUAUGCGUUCUGUGUAUCUCAAGCCCUCUCUCUCCACUCAGAAUGUUAACCAGUGUCUCCCCCCUCUUUCUCUUCCUCACUGGUCAGAGUCAAAAUGCCUCACGCAUUCCCCUUCCUCACUCCUGACCAGAAGAAGGAGCUCAGUGACAUCGCUCUCAAGAUCGUCGCCAAGGGCAAGGGAAUCCUCGCCGCUGACGAGUCUACCGGUACGCAAAGCUGGCCAACACAAACUGGUUGCACACACAAUGUUAACACACACACACAGACACACACCUAUGGAAAGAAAAGGCACAAAUAUUGUAUGACAUGCAAAGACAUACUCAUAAUCAGAACAACUACAUUGUCACAAUGUAUACAAUGAGUGUUUUUUCACCUUAUUAUAACUUCUCCAAAACACCUCAUGAGAACCAAUAAGGAAUACCACACUUCAGCUUGAAAUGCUACUUCCAAUAAGCCACCAUUUCAUAGUUCAGUUCAAGUUAAUUUUAUUUCAUUCAGAUGGCUAAGGACAAUUGAACUACUGAAUUGUGUAAAUUCGGAAUUCAGUUUAACCAUAGAGAUAUAACAUAAUAUUUGUUCUAUUUCAUUCUGUGAGUCUAACCCUCACUCCCUAUCACUCUUUCCCCCCAACAGGCAGCGUUGCCAAGCGCUUCCAGAGCAUCAAUGCUGAGAACACUGAGGAAAACAGGAGGCUGUACCGUCAGCUCCUCUUCACCGCCGACGAGCGCGCCGGUCCUUGCAUUGGUGGCGUCAUCUUCUUCCACGAGACCCUGUACCAGAAGACCGAUGCCGGCAAGACCUUCCCCGAGCACGUCAAGUCCAGAGGCUGGGUUGUAGGCAUCAAGGUUGACAAAGGUGUCGUCCCCCUCGCCGGAACCAACGGAGAGACCACCACCCAGGGUAAGGAGGAAGAAUAGGAAGAAUCAAUGGCAUUCCCAACUAAUGGGCAUACAGACAUACAGUACAACAACAUACAAUCAUUUGUAUAUAAGUUCAAAAAUGGUUUUUAUAUUAUUCCAACCUAGAUUAAAUACUUAGUAGCCUUGGCUUGUGUGAGCCAGAACCAAUUUUCUCUCCCUGCCUCAAUACAUUUCUUUGUCAGGUCUGGAUGGCCUGUAUGAGCGUUGCGCCCAGUACAAGAAGGACGGUUGUGACUUUGCCAAGUGGCGUUGUGUGCUGAAGAUCACCUCCACCACCCCCUCCCGCCUGGCCAUCAUGGAGAAUUGUAAUGUCUUGGCUCGUUAUGCCAGUAUCUGCCAGAUGGUAAGAAUCACACAACAAAUACCCUUUCUUAAGGCCUCAGUGGUCUUGUUAGUUCAUUAGCUCAGGUAGUUAAAGCACAGUGCCAACAAUGGCAAAGUUGUGGGUUCAAUUAUCCUAUGGCCCUCAAGUUACCUUAGAAUCAUUGACUCUCUUGAAACAAAUGGGUUACACUUUAUAUAAACUUUCAUGAAAUAAGCAAUUAUAAAUCUAUUAAAUGCUUAUAAAUUCCUCAGAAAUUAUUAAACUUUUUUUUAAAUCACAGUAUCAGAAAACACUUUAUUUAUUUAUUUUUUAGAUAAGUGUAGAGCAGGGAUGGGCAACUGGCGGCCCCCGGCAGUCAGGGUUUCAACUUACUCUUGCGAGUUAGAAUAGUAAAAUAAACUAAGUGUAUUUGGUUGUGAAUCAGCAGUUUUUCUCUUGUUACGUCAGUCACCGAUAGUCAAUUAGCCCAUGUCAGCAUUUAUUUUUUUGAUUGCUAAGUUAAUUUAGCGGCCAGCUAUUUAAACUUGUUAUCAUGGUUGAAUUACCGGCCGGGGGGGCCCUGUUGAUUUUGGUAGUCAGUCUCACUCAUAUAUCAUAUUAAAAAUGGCAAAAUCUUCUCUCUGCUCCAUGGCUAAAUGUGUAGAAUUGCAGCAAACUUUAAAACUAAAACUAAAUAAAUGUCUCUCCAUUGUCAAGAGGGGGGCCACCCACCCCCAUCAAAGUUGCCCAACCCUGCUGUAGAGGGAUAGAGAGGAAAGAUAGGAAGAGAGCCACCCACCACUAAAGUUUCACAGUUCGGACUGUUAACUGUCAUGGUCAACAACAUGCUCCAUUGGCUAAAAGUGUCUUUUAGUACUCAUGACCUCUCCUCUCUUCUAGCACGGCAUUGUCCCGAUUGUUGAGCCCGAGAUCCUCCCCGACGGUGACCAUGACCUGAAGCGCACCCAGUAUGUGACUGAGAAGGUCCUGGCCGCAAUGUACAAGGCUCUGUCCGACCACCACGUCUACCUGGAGGGUACCCUCCUGAAGCCCAACAUGGUCACUGCCGGACACUCCUGCUCACACAAGUACACCCACCAGGAGAUCGCCAUGGCCACAGUCACCGCCCUGCGCCGCACCGUGCCCCCAGCAGUUCCUGGUGAGCGGCCAACAACACACUGAAUACAGCACAAUAUACAGCACGAUACACAUAUACAUUUCUAAACAUCCACCUUCACCCUCUCACACUCGAUGUUAUGACACGUUUUCACAAACACAAACACACUCUCCAUGAAAAUGGCACUUUCACAUGCAGUAUGUAGUUACAUUAUUAUAUGUUUUAUUAUAGUGUAUAUUUCACAUACAAUUGUGUUGUAUGUGAAGUAUACAAUGUGUUGUUGUAUAUUCUUUAAGUAGGUUUUUACAAUAAAAUAACCUCUCUUCUUCCCCUCUUCACCCACAGGCAUCACCUUCCUGUCCGGUGGCCAGUCUGAGGAGGAGGCAUCCAUCAACCUGAACGUCAUGAACCAGUGUCCCCUGCACAGGCCAUGGGCAUUAACUUUUUCCUAUGGCCGUGCCCUCCAGGCAUCCGCCCUGAAGGCAUGGGGUGGAAAGCCUGCGAACGGCAAGGCUGCACAGGAGGAAUUCAUCAAGAGAGCUCUGGUACAAAUAACCAAAUAUAUUUUUCAAAUGUAUUUGAAUAGAUUUGGCAUAUAUUUCAUAUAUGAUUGUCAUAUAUUUGGCAUUAUAUAUAAAAAAAAUUAUAUAUUUCAUAUAUUUUGCUCAUAUUUCAUAUGCGAUUAUUUAUGGCUGGACAGAGGCCACAUGUUUAUAUUAUGGACAUAUAGGAAGCCACAAUGUAAAUUCCACACUUAGAAAAUAUCAGCAGAAAACAAGUUUAUGUUGUUCUUAUGUUGUUCUUCUUUCCUUCCACAGGCCAACAGCCUGGCCUGCCAAGGCAAGUACGUCGCUUCCGGAGACAGCGCCGCCGCUGGAGAAUCACUGUUCGUGGCCAACCACGCUUAUUAAGCAUGGACACUCACCAGUAUCCCUCUCCUAACCCUCCCCCCACCUCCCUGUCCCCUCCACCCACCUCCCUGUCCCCUCCUCCCUCCCCCACAUGGGGAGUGCCAUGUCUUAUCCGGCACCUCCUAAGAAGCCGUCUCUACAAGACCCUUUGCAACAUCACUCAUUCGGUACCUCAGUACGGAGAAAGAGAGAGAAACGGAAACCUUUCUUUGGGCUCUUGCUUCAGAGAGAAGAUUACAAAAAAAUGUGUUCUGCCUCCAUACCCUCUCCCUACCAUUUUACACAUUUUUUAGGUGAAGAGAUUCCCAUCGUCAUGUUUUUACACAACAUGUAAUAUUACUCCUGGGUCUGUGACACCUAACUCAGUAUAAUGUUUGUACUGGAGCUACGGAAUAAACAAUAUGUUGCUUUGC